AUGGCUUCUCGAAUCUCCAUUGCGCGCCUCUCGGCCCAGCGCUUCACAGCCGUGUCCAGAGUCACUCCUCGGGCAUCAACUCAGUUCCGCAACGUCAAGGGACUGUCUACACUUACGCGCAAGGCUUCAGCUCGAUCAGCUUCGGGCUUGCUGCAGGUCUCCUCGUCCGGCAUCAAUGUCUCGCGACUGAACCUUACUCCUCUUGGGGGCCACCAACUUCGCACUUAUGCCGACUCCAUCGUCAAGGUCCCCAGCAUGGCUGAAUCUAUCACAGAGGGUACCCUUAAGCAGUUCUCGAAACAGGUUGGCGAUUUUGUCGAGCGUGAUGAGGAAAUCGCGACAAUUGAAACGGACAAAAUUGAUGUUUCCGUCAAUGCCCCGGAGUCCGGUACUAUCAAGGAGUUCCUUGUGAAUGAGGAAGAUACUGUCACCGUCGGUCAGGAUCUUGUCAAACUCGAGCUUGGAGCCGCUCCCGAAGGAGGCAAGAAGGCGGAAGGCGCCGAGAAGCCUGCGGAGCCCGAGUCCAAGAAGGAGCCCGAAGCCAAGAAGGAGCCUGAAGCCAAGGAGUCUCAACCCAAGGAGGCCGAACCCAAGAAGCCUGCUCCUCCCAAGGAGGCUGAGUCCCAGAAGCCUGCUCCCCCCAAACAAGCUCCUAAGGCGGACUCCAAGCCCCAAGCCGCUGAGCAGCCAACUCUUGGUGGUCGUGAGGAACGCAGAGUCAAAAUGAACCGCAUGCGUCUGCGUAUUGCUGAGCGCUUGAAGCAGUCUCAGAACACCGCCGCUUCUCUCACCACUUUCAACGAGGUUGACAUGUCCUCAUUGAUGGAGUUCCGGAAACUCUACAAGGAUGACGUGCUCAAAAAGACCGGAGUGAAGCUGGGUUUCAUGAGCGCCUUUUCGCGUGCUUGUGUGCUCGCCAUGAAGGAUAUCCCCGCUGUCAACGCCUCUAUUGAGGGUCCCAACGGCGGUGAUACCAUUGUUUACCGCGACUACGUUGACAUCAGCGUUGCGGUUGCCACCGAGAAGGGUCUUGUGACCCCUGUUGUCCGCAACACCGAGGGCAAGGAUCUCGUUGGAAUUGAGCAGGCCAUCGCUGAUCUCGGAAAGAAGGCCCGCGAUAACAAGUUGACCAUCGAAGACAUGGCAGGUGGUACUUUCACGAUCAGCAACGGCGGUGUCUUCGGCUCGUUGAUGGGUACCCCAAUUAUCAACGCACCCCAGACAGCUGUUUUGGGUCUCCACGCCAUCAAGGACAAGCCUGUUGCUGUGAACGGCAAGGUUGAAAUUCGCCCCAUGAUGUACCUCGCUCUCACCUAUGAUCAUCGUCUUCUGGAUGGUCGUGAGGCUGUCACUUUCCUUGUCAAGGUCAAGGAGUACAUCGAGGACCCCCGGCGCAUGCUGCUCGGCUAG